UGAGUCGAGAAACCAGACUAUUUCCUUGAAGUACGGUAUGUCACGAGUUGAAAGCUAUACGAUACUAUAGAGAACAAGUUAAUUAUCUCACAUCUCUGAAAAUAACUGUAAUGUUGUACUUCAUGCUAAUGUUGGGUUUUUGAGCUAUCGACUUCUUGAGGGAGUGUUCUUGUCCAGAAUCGCCCAGAAUGCAUCGCGCGGCCCAUUGACGAUAAUUGGGGAACGUACACGCUGGAGUUCUUUGGCUGUUUGAAAGUUCAUUCAUUUCUGGCGUGCACGAUGCAGUACUAGAACGUAAACCUAAAUCAAGUAGUUUCUUAGUCCGUGGUUUCUCGAAUAGCUAGCUAAGUUAUUACAUUUAUUGUACAAAUAAUUAUUUGUAUUGCAAACACUAGCUUGAGUGAAUCAGAGUUGCCUGGAUGAAAAGUAUAGUACAUUCCAAUAUGAUAAAGGAAAACGGAUGGAACAUACCCCCAAAUGCCCCCGCGUGUAUGGAGAAGCAUUUGGAGUCGGCGCAGUACAGGGAAGAUGGCACCCUGUUGUUGGGGGCCUCAAGUCUGACAGGCAGGUGCUGGCAGGGCUCCAUCUGGGUCUACUGUGAUCCCAAGCAGUCUCCCAACGAGGGCUUCUGUAAGGCUGGUGUCCAGACAGAGGCAGGCAUCACAGAGGCAAAGUGGGUUUCAGAGAGGGGUGUCCUAGUUGCAUCUGACUCUGGUGCUGUUGAGCUGUGGGAGCUAUCAGAGGAUGAGAGUCUGCUGGAGAAACGGUUCGCCAAACUCGAGCAUGAUCACAUCGUUACCAGCGUGAGCCCUGCUGGGUCAAGCCAUGCCAUCAGCGGCAGUAUGGACAACCGAAUCAAAGUCUGGGACCUUAUUCAGGGUGAAGUGGUCAGCACAUAUAAUGCUCACUCGAAGCCAGUCACUUGUGUGUCCUGCAAUCCAUCCGAUGACUCCCUCUUCCUCUCAUGUGGCCAGGAUGGUCGUUUGUUGCUUUGGGACCGGAGGAAACCCACCAAACCAGCCUCUAGAUUAGACGUAGAGCCCAGCUGUUGUCCUACAUCAGUAGCCUGGCAUCCCCACCACAGGACCACAAUCGCCUACGGUGACGAGCUGGGACGAGUGACACUGAAGGACUUUCAGGGAACAGAGCCUGGCCAGACACAGAGCACCCACGGCCGCAGGGUCUCCGGCCUAGCCUUCUCAUCACACAGUGACCCCUUGCUUGCCUCAAUCAGUGAUGACUGCACUGUUGCUGUGAUGAACUCUGCGCUUAAGGAAACGUUGAGAGACAAGAGGCACCAGGACUUUGUUCGGGGUGUCUGCUGGGCCCCUGGCGGUUCUGACACACUGACCACUGUGGGCUGGGACCACCAGGUCCUCCACCACGUCAUGGGACAGAAUGGACCCGCCACUGUAUACUCCACGUCCCCACUGUAGACCCACCACCCAGCCUGGGUCGGGGGGGGAGUUGUAAAAGUGGUUUUGUGGGGGAGAAUUUGAGGGGUUGGCAUGAGGGUAGAAAUUGUCAACACCGGAACGGAGCAGAGCAGUAUGAAGAUGGUUUUCCUAGUCUAAGUACCCCUUGCCAUGGUGGGUUAUCUUUUCAACUGAUUUGUUAAGUCAUGUGUGAAGGUAGUCAGUGAUAAACAAAGUAAAUUGGGAUGUUUUUCGCAACAGUGAUUUGAGAGGCUACACAUUUCUGCUGUUUUGGUCCAGCAGCGAUCAAGUUGUAGCAGCGUGGAGCGCACAUGUGCCUACAUUUUUGGGGAGUGCAGUCUUGUGUUGCAUAUUUUCUGUUCAUGGCAACGUCAUAUGCUGAGUCUGUUUUAUGGUGUAUGUUAGCCACAUUUUGGACAUCACCUUUGUUUUGCAGUUUGUAGGGACAUGAACAGAUGGCUUGGUGUCCAGUUAUCAUGAGGGGUACUUUUAGACUUGGAUUUGGGAAUGCUGGCAAUGGUAAUCUUUAAUCUAAUGAACCCAUCUGAUCACGCUUAUUCUCCAGUGAGUCCAACCCCAUGUAACCUUUGUUUACCCACCCUGGGGGUGCUGUAUUACAUGGCAUGUAAGCCAGUCUGAGAAAUGGGAGCCGCUGGCUCAUUGGAUAGCAAGAUUGUGGGUUAAUUGGACUUAAUUAAACCAUGGCUCAUCCAAGCAUUCUGAAAUCACACUAGACUAGAAUGACAUGGUUCAAGUUGUAACCAUAAUCAAUACCAUGGGCAAUUUGUUUUCUAAAUUAAUUUCUGUAAAUUUGCAUGUCAGUCUCUCGAUGUGCAAAACUGAUAGGCAUACCCCAAGCGACUUACAGCUGUAAUCGCAGCAAAAGGUGGCGCUACAAAGUAUUAACUUAAGGGGGCUGAAUAAUUUUGCACGCCCAAUU